AUGGCGGCGCAGGCAGAGAUCAAGGCCGAGGACUUCAUCAAGGCCGGCGAGAAGGCGCUGAACCGCUUCUCCAUCUUCUCGAGCAGCUCCAAGUACGAGGAUGCGUCCGAGUGCUUUGAGAAGGCGGCCAACCAGUUCAAGAUUGCCAAGAAGU